AUGACAGUACGUAGACGUGAAGUUGAUGAACGACCAAAGACCUAUGCUAAAAGAGAUGUUAAAGUUGGUAAACUUGAUAUGACCGAGUUGGAGCGGGAAACUAUUGAAUUAAGUCGACCAUACGAAAGAAUAACAAAACCUAUUGAUAGAGAAUCUGAGUUAAGGGGUAAAAAACCAAAGAAAGAGAAAAUUGAUCAAUAUCGUCCGCAAGGCGAAGAAUUUGACAAAGCCUAUACCUACGACUACAAAUCUCGAACAGAUGACACUGAAAUCACUCAGCAACGGGUAACUGCUGAGAAGAUUACUGUCAGCAGAGAAGAUAGAACUCAAAUAGAGGAAACGGAAAAACCACGAUAUCCCAAAGAUCUUGAUAUUGGACGUAUUGUGAUUAAAGAAGCUCCAGAGGAAAAAGAAGAAAUAUUGAAACGUGACGUUGUUAGGAGAGAUGAGGUGAAGCCAAGACGUGAGGAUAUGAAAACUCCGUAUGAAGCUGAAAAAGUUCCUGGAGUGCAAAUGAGAGAAGAAAUUAUCAAAGUUGGCAAGCUUGAUGUUACUGAGUACGAGAAAACACAAAAGGAUUCAGAAAGAACUUACGUUGAGCGGUUGAGAAAAGACCAGAAGCCCAAAUAUGAUAAGAAAAAGGAAGAAAGAAUUGAUCAUUAUCGUCCACAAGGCGAAGAAUUUGACAAAGCCUAUACCUACGACUACAAAUCUCGAACAGAUGACACUGAAAUCACUCAGCAACGCGUAACUGCUGAGAAGAUUACUGUCAGCAGAGAAGAUAGAACUCAAAUAGAGGAAACAGAAAAACCACGAUAUCCCAAAGAUCUUGAUAUUGGACGUAUUGUGAUUGAAGAAGCUCCAGAGGAAAAAGAAGAAAUAUUGAAACGUGAGGUUGUUAGGAGAGAUGAGAAAGAAAUUAUCAAAGUUGGCAAGCUUGAUGUUACUGACUACGAGAAAACACAAAAGGAUUCAGAAAGAACUUACGUUGAGCGGUUGAGAAAAGACCAGAAGCCCAGAUAUGAUAAGAAAAAGGAAGAAAGAAUUGAUCAUUAUCGUCCGCAAGGCGAAGAAUUUGACAAAGCCUAUACCUACGACUACAAAUCUCGAAAAGAUGACAGUGAAAUCACUCAGCAACGCGUAACUGCUGAGAAGAUUACUGUCAGCACAGAAGAUAGAACUCAAAUAGAGGAAACAGAAAAACCACGAUAUCCUAAAGAUCUUGAUAUUGGACGUAUUGUGAUUGAAGAAGCUCCAGAGGAAAAAGAAGAGAUAUUGAAACGUGACGUUGUUAGGAGAGAUGAGGUGAAGCCAAGACGUGAGGAUAUGAAAACUCCGUAUCAAGCUCAAAAAGUUCCUGGAGUGCAAGUUAAAGAAGAGGUUAUCAAAAUUGGCAAGCUUGAUGUCACCGACUACGAAAGAACGAGAAAAGAUGAGAUACAAAUAGUUGAAAGUCCACGAAAGGUAAGAAAAGACUUGAAACCCGGUAAAAGUACCGUUGAAUUAUCUCAAGUGAGUGAUGUAGAUUUUGAAAAGUUGUCAGAGUUUAAGCCUUGUGCGGAUGAAAUUCCUCGUCAACAGGUGGCAACCGAAAGAGUUGUUGUAAGUAGAAGGGAUCUUAAACCAUCAGAGAAACCAGAGAAACCUAAGUAUAAGAAAGAUCCGGAUAUUGGACGCAUUGUGAUUGAAGAGAUUCCUGAAAAGGAAGAAACUCGAGAACGGGAGAUUGUUCAGAAGGAGCCAGUCGACCCAAAGAAAAUCGACAUGACAGUACGUAGACGUGAAGUUGAUGAACGACCAAAGACCUAUGCUAAAAGAGAUGUUAAAGUUGGUAAACUUGAUAUGAUCGAGUUGGAGCGGGAAACUAUUGAAUUAAGUCGACCAUACGAAAGAAUAACAAAACCUAUUGAUAGAGAAUCUGAGUUGAGGGGUAAAAAACCAAAGAAAGAGAAAAUUGAUCAAUAUCGUCCGCAAGGCGAAGAAUUUGACAAAGCCUAUACCUACGACUACAAAUCUCGAACAGAUGACACUGAAAUCACUCAGCAACGGGUAACUGCUGAGAAGAUUACUGUCAGCAGAGAAGAUAGAACUCAAAUAGAGGAAACAGAAAAACCACGAUAUCCCAAAGAUCUUGAUAUUGGACGUAUUGUGAUUGAAGAAGCUCCAGAGGAAAAAGAAGAAAUAUUGAAACGUGACGUUGUUAGGAGAGAUGAGGUGAAGCCAAGACGUGAGGAUAUGAAAACUCCGUAUGAAGCUGAAAAAGUUCCUGGAGUGCAAAUGAGAGAAGAAAUUAUCAGAGUUGGCAAGCUUGAUGUUACUGAGUACGAGAAAACACAAAAGGAUUCAGAAAGAACUUACGUUGAGCGGUUGAGAAAAGACCAGAAGCCCAAAUAUGAAAAGAAAAAGGAAGAAAGAAUUGAUCAUUAUCGUCCGCAAGGCGAAGAAUUUGACAAAGCCUAUACCUACGACUACAAAUCUCGAACAGAUGACACUGAAAUCACUCAGCAACGCGUAACUGCUGAGAAGAUUACUGUCAGCAGAGAAGAUAUGACUCAAAUAGAGGAAACAGAAAAACCACGAUAUCCUAAAGAUCUUGAUAUUGGACGUAUUGUGAUUGAAGAAGCUCCAGAGGAAAAAGAAGAAAUAUUGAAACGUGACGUUGUUAGGACAGAUGAGGUGAAGCCAAGACGUGAGGAUAUGAAAACUCCGUAUCCAGCUCAAAAAGUUCCUGGAGUGCAAGUUAAAGAAGAGGUUAUCAAAAUUGGCAAGCUUGAUGUCACCGACUACGAAAGAACGAGAAAAGAUGAGAUACAAAUAGUUGAAAGUCCACGAAAGGUAAGAAAAGACUUGAAACCCGGUAAAAGUACCGUUGAAUUAUCUCAAGUGAGUGAUAUAGAUUUUGAAAAGUUGUCAGAGUUUAAGCCUUGUGCGGAUGAAAUUCCUCGUCAACAGGUGACAACCGAAAGAGUUGUUGUAAGUAGAAGGGAUCUUAAACCAUCAGAGAAACCAGAGAAACCUAAGUAUAAGAAAGAUCCGGAAAUUGGACGCAUUGUGAUUGAAGAGAUUCCUGAAAAAGAAGAAACUCGAGAACGGGAGAUUGUUCAGAAGGAGCCAGUCGACCCAAAGAAAAUCGACAUGACAGUACGUAGACGUGAAGUUGAUGAACGACCAAAGACCUAUGCUAAAAGAGAUGUUAAAGUUGGUAAACUUGAUAUGACCGAGUUGGAGCGGGAAACUAUUGAAUUAAGUCGACCAUACGAAAGAAUAACAAAACCUAUUGAUAGAGAAUCUGAGUUAAGGGGUAAAAAACCAAAGAAAGAGAAAAUUGAUCAAUAUCGUCCGCAAGGCGAAGAAUUUGACAAAGCCUAUACCUACGACUACAAAUCUCGAACAGAUGACACUGAAAUCACUCAGCAACGGGUAACUGCUGAGAAGAUUACUGUCAGCAGAGAAGAUAGAACUCAAAUAGAGGAAACGGAAAAACCACGAUAUCCCAAAGAUCUUGAUAUUGGACGUAUUGUGAUUAAAGAAGCUCCAGAGGAAAAAGAAGAAAUAUUGAAACGUGACGUUGUUAGGAGAGAUGAGGUGAAGCCAAGACGUGAGGAUAUGAAAACUCCGUAUGAAGCUGAAAAAGUUCCUGGAGUGCAAAUGAGAGAAGAAAUUAUCAAAGUUGGCAAGCUUGAUGUUACUGAGUACGAGAAAACACAAAAGGAUUCAGAAAGAACUUACGUUGAGCGGUUGAGAAAAGACCAGAAGCCCAAAUAUGAUAAGAAAAAGGAAGAAAGAAUUGAUCAUUAUCGUCCACAAGGCGAAGAAUUUGACAAAGCCUAUACCUACGACUACAAAUCUCGAACAGAUGACACUGAAAUCACUCAGCAACGCGUAACUGCUGAGAAGAUUACUGUCAGCAGAGAAGAUAGAACUCAAAUAGAGGAAACAGAAAAACCACGAUAUCCCAAAGAUCUUGAUAUUGGACGUAUUGUGAUUGAAGAAGCUCCAGAGGAAAAAGAAGAAAUAUUGAAACGUGAGGUUGUUAGGAGAGAUGAGGUGAAGCCAAGACGUGAGGAUAUGAAAACUACAUAUGAGGCUGAAAAAGUUCCUGGAGUGCAAAUGAGAAAAGAAAUUAUCAAAGUUGGCAAGCUUGAUGUUACUGACUACGAGAAAACACAAAAGGAUUCAGAAAGAACUUACGUUGAGCGGUUGAGAAAAGACCAGAAGCCCAGAUAUGAUAAGAAAAAGGAAGAAAGAAUUGAUCAUUAUCGUCCGCAAGGCGAAGAAUUUGACAAAGCCUAUACCUACGACUACAAAUCUCGAAAAGAUGACAGUGAAAUCACUCAGCAACGCGUAACUGCUGAGAAGAUUACUGUCAGCACAGAAGAUAGAACUCAAAUAGAGGAAACAGAAAAACCACGAUAUCCUAAAGAUCUGAUAUUGGACGUAUUGUGA